AUGCCCACCAAGUACUGUAAGUCAAGUGAGAAGGUCUGUCCUGCAGGUCCCCCCGGACUUCCUGGUCCCACUGGGGUAAGGGGACCACGUGGCAGGAGGGGCCCAAAAGGAAAGAAAGGUCCUCAAGGUCCCAUGGGACCACCUGGAAAAUCCGGAAAAACAGGAAUAACUGGUCCUGCAGGACCGAGAGGAGAAAAGGGAGAUAAAGGAGAGCCUGGGCCAAAAGGCAUGCCGGGACCACCUGGAAAGCCUGGAAAAUCGAUAUCUGCUCCACAAGUGAUGUUGACGCCAGCAGAGCAGACACGAGAUGAGGGAGGAAAUACGGCAUUUUAUUGCACGGUUGUAGGAAACCCUUCCCCAGUCGUGGAAUGGCAAUUUAAGGGCACAAAGCUUCUGUCAGGUGCAAAGUAUCUGAUUAAAGAAGGAGAGUUGAUAGUUAGAAAUCUGAAUUACAGCGAUGCUGGACCGUACACAUGUGCUGCCAGGAACAUUCUUGGAUCGUCUGAGGCCACUAGCAACUUGACUGUUCGAGGUAAGAGGAGCAUUUAACUUAAUUAGAGUUUUGUUAUAUCUGGCUGCUUGAUUUUGUAGGCUUCUUUGUGCUCAGAGAAUGCGAGAAUACGAGGUUGGAAUAUAAAAAUGGCACCGUUAAUUGUUUCAUCAUUUACUUUUAUCUCUUCUUUAAUUUUUUUUUUAUUUCUUAAGCAGUGUAUAACGCCAAACUUUAAAUUUACUCACUCAUACCUUAUACUAAUGAUCGAAGACUAUAGAUUUUGCUCAUUGGCAUUAGGCUAGUAGUCACGAGUGUAGUUCAACUUUUAAUCUGAGCCAUACAAACAUAACGACAUUAAAUCUGAUCUCUCAGAACUCCUACCCCAUUAUAUUCUAUGCAUGCUGGUCGAUCAUGUAUUGACUCUAUUUCAGGUCUUCCAGUCUUCACAAAAGUUCCACCUUCACUUGCCACACCAGUUCAAGGCACUACGUUUCAAGUAACAUGUCAAGCUGAUGGAUAUCCUCGCCCAACGGUAACCUGGACUAGAAUAGGAAUGCCUUUACCUGCUGGAAAGACUAGUAUAAACCAAGGCACACUUACCAUUAACAACUUGAGUCCUGCUGACAACGGUUUUUACGACUGCAUAGCUACUAACAUUAUAGGAACAAAGAAGAAAAGAAUCAACCUAGCAGUUCAAGUACAUCGUUCAGGUUUGUAUUGAAGGCACCGUCUCACUCUGAGGCUACUCUGUAUAUACCUGCUUCAAUAAAAGGUUGCUUUGGUAAUUGGGCACUGGGAAUUUGGGCGUACGGAACUCACUGCAAGAAUUGCUUGAGUGUCCACCAAACAAUAGCUUCCCAGCGCGCAAUUAUACAAUGCCCAAAGCAAGAAUCUGGUACUCUUAGAUUAAACGUUAAUUUCAGUAAUGCAAAUCGCCUUAUCCAGCUUGCGAUUUUGGUUAAACACCAGGUAAGAGUGUUCAUUAUGAAGGACAGUUUUUCGAAAGUCUAAAUUUGCCACUGCGGGAACUAUACAGCUAUACCGAAAUAUAUCGCAGGGUGAUCUUUCCGAAGACCGCUUUAUUUUAAUUUUUGUUGUUUCUUUGUUUGUCUGUUUAUUUUUCAGGCAUUCAAAAACCAUGUAAUCACUGCUAAAGCCAGACGAGAGCUACUAUCCUUGCGAGUGUAUGUUGCGCUUACGGAAAUUGGCAACUUAAGACCAUUAUGCGUGUUUACUAGAGUUUCAAUGAUCUUAAAUGCUUAAACGUCCUUAUCAGCGUGCAAAUCACGUACAUGCAUGCAUACAUGCUUUCUUUAGUCUCUUGCAAUGUUACUCUUUUUCUCAAUAAAUUCAGUUGUUGUAACAUUUUAGAAACUUUUUACCUUGUCAUUUUAUGGACGUUGACUUUUAAUACUUAGGUUUUGAAAGCUCAGUCAUUGUGGGAAACAACAGAAAUCACUUGACCUUGUUAAGAAACUGGCUAGUACCUGUGGCAAAAAGCGUGAAUUCUCUCUGGAAGCGCUGUUGGCGUGCAUCUGUAGAUGGCUGGGCUGCAAGUACAUUUCACUCCCGAUGUGACGGCAAGGGCCCGACUGUGACAAUAAUAAGGGUCGGGAGAUAUAUUUUCGGAGGAUACACAAGUCUUUCAUGGGGUAAGAGAGCAUUAUAAGCCAUGACAGUGGCAUUUAUACCUUUGGCGUAACUGGCAUUGAUAUGUUCAGCUAAAGGUGCAGCUUGGUACUUGGUACAUGGUUAAGCAGUGGCGGACAAAGGUUCUAGGUUAAUAGCUCUAGAUGCGGGCCCAUAUCCCCUCGUUCCUCAAGGAGCGAGAACCGCCCCUCCUACACUCACAUGGUGUGAAUGAACGCCCCACCCCUUUUCUAGAGUUCUGGCGCUGCAGAUGGUAGGUGAUGCAUUUCUAGCUUGGCAAAACGUGCCCAAAUUCCAGGCCAAUACUACCGAAUUAUAAUAAUUUUGAGGUUCUAAUUGAGGACCGCCCCUCCCACACUUACAUGGUGUGCAUGAGCGCCUACGUGAUACACCAAGACGAAGGUUCAUUUCACCGAUCAAACUUUCGUAAUUUUGCCUGAGCGAAAUGUCGCGAAGAGGAUUCUUCUCUUCGGAUUCGAACGAGCUUAAUAGAUUGAAAUAAGUGACAGAAAUACAUAAUGCUUUAUACCUUUUCAAGAAUAAAGGCUCCUAAAACUCUUUAUUGUCUGUUUCCUUUAUUGUCUUCUUAAUACAGUACCCUUAAAAUCGAACGAAGUAUUAAUUUACCAAUAAAAGUGUAUUGCAACAUGCACCAGUUCAUGUCCAGUAUAGCUGUAUCUUUUACCAAAAUACCUGCUCGUAAAUAAUAAUACAAUAACAUAAUAUUCAUACUAAUAAUAAUGAUGAUGAUGAUGAUAAUAAUAAUAAUAAUAAUAAUAAUAAUAAUAAUAUAAUAAUAACGAUAAUAAUAAUAUUGAUAAUGAUAAUGAUAAUAAUAAAGAAGACAGAAACUGAUUUCGUUUUUGAUAAAUGACGAACGUUACUGAGAAACUCGAUCGCAUUUGUUUUAUGAAAAUAAGGUAUUUACUGUUUUUAAUUAAUAACAAUCAUCAUCAUCGUCAUCAUUAUGACAGGCACAUUUUUCUUAUCUCAAUUUCUCUCGUGACUGACCUUUUUUAUUAUAAAUAUGGUUCUUUUUCACUUCAACUUUUCGUAAUAAAUCUUAAGCCGUCUACACACCACCUGCCUCGAUUAGCCUUGCUAUUUGCAGGUGGUGUGAUAUUUGUAUAUUUAAUGUAAGAAAUAAAGAUGUUGUUGUUGGCACAAGGACAAUGUCGCUAAAAGUUUUGUUUCAUUUCUUUUAGCUUCUGCUUCUGGCCAGUAUCAAUACGACUCAAAAGCCUUCUUAUUUUCGCUUUUAAACAAGCCAGGAUGGGCGCCUGUCAAAUUGUCUCAGUCAGGGCAAUAUUCCAUAUACUUUUACUCAUCCUAUGGGCCUACAUUCGGAGGAGGAAAUGACAUUACCAUCAGAAACUACGCGUCAUCUAAUAGCGAUUCUUACAGCAACCUUGGCUAUACUUACAGCCCACCGAGCGGAUACAGCUACGGCAGCACCUUCGCACAAACAUUCCUGGCAGGAACAUCCAGCUUCACACCAGACGAAGUUGAAACCUUUUACGAAACAACCUAAUUAAUAUAAU